AUGCCUUCAGAGACUAUUUGCUUUUGGUCGCUCUUGUCGAUAAAGGACCUGAGCUUCAUUUACAUUUCAUCAUGGCUUGCCAAGGCCCUUGGUCCCGAACAAAGUUUACUAUUGGGAACUUCCUUUUUCGAUUAUGUUCAUCCACAAGACCAAGAUAUUGCGAAACGUGACCUCUCGGAUUUUGUUAAAAAGAAGACUUUAACCUGUUCGGUUACCAGCGUCUCGGCGAUACGGAGAAAAUUCCAAGCUUCGGCGAUGAAUUCGCCGAAACCCUUUCAGGCAUCAAAUUAUCCCACCACGUCAACGACUACCGAUGAUUACAUAAUAAUGGAUGUUGGAAUGAGCGUGGUUAGUCACGAUGUAGUGCUCGCAUGUUUUCAUUCGGAAUCCGGAAAAUCGAGGAAUGGUGUCAUAAACCCUUGCGGUGAGACGGAAUUCACAAAUGACGAGUUAAAUAGGCUAUCGUCACUCUUGCACAAACAUUCGUCAGUCGAAUCCCAGAAGGUGCAAACUCCUCCGGCCACUCCACAUCUUGACAAUCAACCUCUGCACGAUAGAACCGGUGAGGAAUCGGGUCGCAUCUUUCAAAUAUUGGACGGCCAUUCGAGAAAUCUGAUCUUUACCUGGCCCAGUCCAAACUCCGGUCGCAGAGUCCUCGACACCUCUACUUAUAACCAGGAAGAUUUUCCGAGGCUCCUCCGCGACCUGGCCUUGACUUCCAAUGGCAAUAAUGGGCUGGGGAGUGUUGAUGCUCAGCCAAAUUGUUUGCGACCUAUCACCGACAAACGAAUAUUAUUAUUGACUUCCGGAAAAUAUCGUCAGGUGGAAAGCGUGGUGAUCCCUUAUGGCAGCAUCAUCUUUGCCU